UAGUAGAACAAGCAAGAACAUGACUAAGGUCGAUAGCUCCUCGGCAUUAUUUCUGUGUGUCGCGGUAUGAUCACUCUAAGAAGAUCCGAUUAAAACCAAACGGAAGAUCCCACAUCUCCAGCAUACCUUUCUGACUUUCUCUUAUUUUGGAAACGAAAAUGUCACGGAGUACUUGGUUCGAUUCCUUGCUUAUGAUAGAUUUGUUGUUUUGACAAGCAGCAUAUAUGGGGGAUGAAGGCUUGUGCUACACGGUCGACGAUGCUCUCUUGGCUUUGGGUUUUGGGAAUUUCCAAAUUCUUGUGCUUGCUUAUGCUGGUAUUGGCUGGGUUUCAGAAGCAAUGGAAAUGAUGCUACUCUCUUUUGUAGGACCAGCAGUACAAUCUGCAUGGAAUCUUUCCCCUCACCAAGAGAGUUUCAUAACCAGUGCUGUUUUUGCUGGCAUGCUAAUAGGGGCAUACUCAUGGGGCAUUGUUUCAGAUAAACAUGGAAGGAGGAAAGGAUUCCUUAUCACUGCAACAGUUACUGCAGCUGCUGGUUUUUUGAGUGCAUUUGCUCCUAACUACCUAUUGUUGAUUUCCCUUCGUUGUCUAGUGGGUAUUGGCUUGGGAGGGGGCCCUGUAUUAUCAUCAUGGUUUCUAGAGUUUGUUCCAGCCCCCAAUAGAGGUACCUGGAUGGUUGUCUUUUCGGCAUUUUGGACUCUUGGUACAAUUUUUGAGGCUUCACUUGCCUGGAUUGUGAUGCCGAAACUGGGUUGGAGAUGGCUACUUGCACUAUCUUCCCUACCCUCAUCAUUCCUUCUUUUGUUCUACAAGGUGACACCUGAGUCACCUAGAUACCUAUGCUUGAAAGGUAGAACAACUGAUGCAGUUAAUGUUUUGGAGAAAAUAGCAAGAUUAAAUGGUAGGGAACUGCCUUCUGGGAUCCUUGUUUCUGACAAUCAAAUUGAGCUGUAUGACACUGGUAACCCUUCAGAAGGCACAAAUUUACUCUCAGCAGGAAAAAAUGAUGGUGAACCUCCUGAAGGAGUGGUUUCCAAUUUAGGUGGCGUCUCAUCAAUUCUAAUGCUUUUGUCAGCAAAAUUGGCAAGGUCAACCCUUCUAUUAUGGGCAGUGUUCUUUGGUAAUGCUUUUUCGUAUUAUGGCCUUGUUUUGUUGACCUCUGAGUUGAACAGUGGGCACAGUAAAUGUGUGCCGCAUAAUUUGGACGGAGGGAAGUCUCCGGAUGUUAGCUACAAAGACGUUUUUAUUGCUAGUUUUGCAGAGCUACCUGGGCUCCUGUUGUCAGCUGCUGCAGUAGAUAAACUUGGUCGGAAGCUCUCAAUGUCAACUAUGUUCUUCCUGUGUUGCAUUUUCCUUCUCCCAUUAAUGUUCCAUCAGCCUGAAGGCCUAACAACAAGCCUUUUAUUUGGUGCUCGCAUAUGCAUCACAGUGACGUUCACGGUUGUGUAUAUAUAUGCACCAGAGAUAUACCCAACUUCCGUUAGAACAACAGGAGUUGGAAUGGCAAGCUCAGUGGGCAGAAUUGGUGGAAUGAUAUGCCCUUUGGUGGCAGUGGGUUUAGUGCAUGGUUGUCAUCAAGUUCUUGCUGUCCUCCUGUUUGAGAUUGUAGCUCUUCUUUCUGGAGUUUGUGUUAUGUUCUUUCCUGUUGAGACUAUGGGCCAAGAUCUGCGUGACAGUUUGUCAAGUCUAAAUAAUAUCAACAGCACAUAACAGUAACACGUUGAGGUGUAUACACCACUUAAAAAAAACAUGAAAAUAUAUAGCUAAAUUUGUUCCCUGCCCUAAUAUUCAAAUUACUAGAGGGAGGGAGGUGAUGAAUAUGCCAAGAGUUAUCGAUCUAAACAAGGGUGUAUUUUGUGAAACAAGGGUCAAUUGCUGUUAGAGCGAUAGAAGCACUCUGCUAAUAGUCCACAUGAGUAAUUUGUAUUAGUACCCUACAUCGUUCAAUGUAAAUGGAUUGUUAUCAAGUCACCAUUUAUCAUGAGAAAAAAAAUUUCAUAUU